GGCCACGCUUAGAAACUACUUCCGCUUGGAAGUCCUUCAGAGUCUCGUACAGUGUGAGGAUCGUUGAAAACAUGGUCAAGCUCAGCAAAGAAGCCAAACAGCGGCUCCAGCAAGUGUUCCAGUGUGGACAGUUUGCUGUCCGAUGGGGGUUCAUCCCUACUGUUUUGUAUUUAGGAUUCAAACGAGGAGCUGAUCCUGGCAUGCCUGAGCCCACACUUAUAAGUUUGCUGUGGGGCUGAGGGCUUGCAGAGACGACCAUGGGAGAUUGGGCCAUUUCCACCGCACCAUCAUCUCCACCUACGGCUGGCGGCAGACCUCAUGCCAACCCCAGGCUCCUGCUGAGAAGACAAGGCCAGCUCGACCUUCUGCUGGACUGGAGUAUGGUGUCCCAUGAAGGACAACCUUAGUCUACAGCCUGACCACAUACAUUACUGUCAUUUAUAUGCCCUCAGAGACUAUAUCGUUGUUGUUGUUUUUUUAAUUGUUUUUUUGGUAAAGUGUCAGUGAUUAUGUCCAAGAGGUGCUUGACUUUGCCAUGUAGGUCUGUGCAGUGUACAUGUCUGCCUAUUUUGGUAAAAGUCUGUGUUUUACUUCCACAAUAAAUUCCAUGUAUGUGGAUCAAGUCUU